AAGAGAAAAAGAGAGACAGUAGAGAAUUCUAAAUAAAGAACUGCGAAUGAAGUACAUUGCGCCUAACGACCAUAGCAGAUUUGAAGGGAUAUGUGUAUGAGUAAGAGCGAACGAAAUGGUCGAGCACAUGAGCGCUCAGACAACACAUUACCAGAAUCAGCAGUCGUUCAAUGGCGUGCAGACACAGCACUGGCAUUAUCGCCGAAACGAAUUCGAGACUCCCGGUCUGAUCAACAAUACCACAUCCGCCAAUAAUCAUCGUUUCUCCCUGUUCAAGUGGUUCAAGAGACGGGACUCCACGUCUUCAGCAGAAAAUACGAGACGCCGUAUCUUCCGGAGAUCCAAGAGGCGACAGUCGACUUCGAGCACUUCAUCCAGCGAAGACACAUUUUACAGCACUGCCACGGUCAGGAGCUUUGCCUUUCAAAGUGGCAUUCGACGAGAUGUCGAGCAUUCGUCACUGCCGCUGAGGCACUCGAAUGGUGCCGUAGGCCCGUUCGCUCCGGGUGCUGCCAAACUCAUAGAAAAACGGACAUUUAAUGAUGAAAAGCUCCAGCAUGUAGAUACGAUUGCUACCUACACGCUACCCAGUGCCUUUACUCAGCGAAAAGAUAUCGAGAGCAGGUAUUCCCUCCAUCCGGCCAAUGCCCCUUUUCUAUCGUACGAUAGCAUACCAAUCGUCGAUCGCAGGCCAAGAACUUUCGCAGAAGUACGUAGAAACGUGAACGAUAAUAAUGUCGCGACUGGCUCGCUCGCGUCGAAUUCCUCUCUCUCGGGUGUGAAGAAAGUACACGUAAAAGGUAAGAGACGCGCGCCGGAGCCUCCUGUUCAGAGCACCGCAACCGUCCAUGUCGCAGGCGAAAAUUGUAAUUCGAGACGAGCAAGUGGUAGUAGACGCAAGCGAAGACCAGCCCCUAAGCCACCUGGAUCUACGGAGAACAAUUUAUCGAGCAAUCAUAAUACACUAUCAUCGGGAACAUCGACUGGUAUGGAUACGCUCUUAGCCAGCAAAAGUUGUCAAACAAUUAGUAAUGAUACGCUGGUGCUACGUAAAGGCGUUUUAUUAUCCAAACGGCGAGACGUUGACUGCUUGAGCGAGUCAAAAUCGACGCUACCGACGAUAUCUGCUUGCGAUUCGCACGUCGAGGCAACGACAAUUCAUAAUCCGACGACAGCGAGUGGAGAAAGCAAUACGCCGCCAUCGGGGACAAUGAUGCCUCGACCCUGGUAUAAGCGUAAUGUUUUUAACGAUUACUCGAACGGUGGCACGAAAGAAUCUUCCAUUAAUACGAAACGCGGCGGUAAUGAUAUUCUUAGAGGCCUUUCAUCACCACUACCAACAGACAUUAAGGACGAUGGGGCUUCAUCGACGAGCGCUUUGUCGUCGCAAUUGUCCACGUCGUUUCCAUUCGAAGGUUCGCUCUCAAAACUAGGCUUCUUUAAUCGCGGCGAUCGACAUCAUCACGAUGACAAAAAAAAGGAAAACAAGCGUAAAUCCAGCGUCUCGAUAUUAACGAAUAUCAGCGAAUUGGAUAAAGAGGCUGCGGCGAUCGUUCAAGAGGAGCAAGCACGAAGUCGCGCGUCCAUGAUUCUUCAAGCAGCUAAGCUGGAUGAAGAUUUUGAGAGAGAGACGGGGGCCAACGAUGCCAUUAUCCAUGAAAUAGUCAACUCGUCGUUAGAGAAUUCGCCCCGCAGAUCGACGAGAGCUUUAAUUUCCAAAUUCAACGCCAUAGGCAAUAUCACCAAAGUUACCGUCAAUUCGAGCUUUUUUACUAAAGGUAACGGCAACGCCUCGCCCAAAGCCAAGACAAAGAGAUUCAGCCAGGAAUGUAAUAAUGGCCGACGAGAUAAUAGCCGAGUUGAUGAAAAAAUUGAAAGAGACUUAUCAAAGUACUUUCUACCUCAUCAGUCGCCGUCCAAGAGACAAUCGACAUCGAUAUUCACAGAAAUAAUAGACGCUGGCAAGUCAAAGGCCUUACACGCCGAUGCGAAAGCAUCGACAACGUCCAAGACACCGCCAUUAACCACAUCGACAACGGCAACAAUGACAGCGAGGCCAAGAGUUGAGAGGGCUACAAUUGAAAAGAACAAUAACAUGGAAUACGUGAAAUCGCUGGCUGCCGAAUUAGAUGACGUCGCUACGGGAAUCGCUCGAUUAAAACGCGAACUCGAUACGAGACCAAAAAUCAUUGUCAAUCCGAAGAAUGAUCGAGGAAGAGUCGCCCAGACAAACAAGGGGCAAAAGACGAUUGUCAAUAAACAAAAUCCGAUUAAGGACAAGGAUAUCGCGAAUUUCGAAAGAGAGUUUACGCAAAUUUUCGACGAAAUAGACAAGCAAUUCCAAACUCGAGAUGCAAAAAUAGCGGCGACUAAGUCCGAUGGGAGCACCAACUUCAAUAAAACAUCAAUUUCAAAUCAAGUGGCAAACGUUCUGGAUAUUCUCGUUAGCGCGGAUAAAGGGGAUGCGAUAGAUAGGGGAAAAAACGUUGUAUUGCCGCGAGUGGAUAGGGAGAGCGUAAAGUCAUCGACUGACCAGCGGAAAGGAAAAGUGGUAACGACUGGUGCAGUACGUAUUAGUGGUGUUGACGACGAGAGUACGCAACAGCUUAAAGAAAUGCUUCGAGAGAUGAAGCAUUCUUUACCAAAAUAUCUUAAAGCGAAAAACAGUGGAGAGAACGAUGGGAAAACGAAAGAAUUUACAAUGCUAUCGGAAGCGGCUAAUAAAAAAUCAUUUCCCAGGUCGUCGCGUAUCGUCAAGGAAACCCUGGCUUCGCCAACAAUGUCAACAAAGGUCUCGUCGAGUGUACAGACGUGUGGAAACGUACGUAAAAUCAUGAAUGAAAUCACUUCGAUGGCGAAUGAGAGAUCAAGGAGAAACGACGCUUUCGCCGAACCAAGUGCAACAAGCAAGUUGCCAAGGAAUUCUUAUUAUAAGCUAAUUGAAGCCAAUGAAUUUGACGAAAUCGAGGAGAAAAAGGACAAAGCGCAUCAGGAAAACACUUACGCUAAUGUGAUGGAAAGAUAUAUGUAUGAGAAUACACAAAUUACAUCGACAUCUUCUGUAGAUAAGGCGAUAGGGAAAGGGCGACGCGACUCCAAUUCUAGGGUUAAGAUUGAUUUAAGGGAAACGGAUAAUAAAGCAACAGGGGCACCGGUUUUGCCGCAUGCGAACAAACAUAAUGUAUGCGAAAGGAGCGAAAAUAACGACGAAGAGGAAAAAUUGGAGGAGAUAAAGAAGCAGUGCAUGAACACAUUGGCUGUGAAUCGAUUACUUAGGAAACUGGAGGCGGCAAUUGCAUCGGGUCGUCAUCAACAAGCGGCGGGAUUGGCCAAAGAAUUAGCUCAGUUGAAGAUUCACUGUUCCGUAAUUAGACAACGAUCGUGCAAAGCGAAAGAGAAGCUUAAUCUAAAUAUGUUCAUAGAAGAUAAAGAGGCCCACCAAGGACCAAUACCCUUGCAGCUUCCAGUAAAUAUGACAGUAGCACAACUCAAAGCCAAAAUUCAUAUUGAAUUUGAAAUACCGGCGAACGUUCAGCGCUGGAUUAUCGGUAAAAAUUUAGCUGACAAUGACGAAUUGACCCUCCACGAACUACAAGCUGUUGAAGGAUCACCAAUAUUUUUAUAUCUUGUAGCACCACCAGACCUACAGAAUAAAGAAAUUAUUAAAGUGAAUAAUAAUCUGAAGGAGAAGGAGGAGAAAAAAGUGAAAAUCCAACUGGAUGAAGAAACAAAUGAAGUACAUAACGAGCAAAUUGAUAAGAUGAAUGUGGAAAUGGAAAUGGGACUAGAAACCGUUGUCGAAGCCAAAUCCGACGUAGUAGUGAAAGCUACUGAAUCUGAAUCUCGUGAAGAAAAAGACGAAUCGCUCACGAAUGAAGAGAAAUUACAACGAUACGAGGAAUUAAUGUCACUUGAAAAUUGUGAUAUUAUUUCUAAUAUAGAGCUUAUCGAAUGUCCGGUUUGUUUCAUGAUAUUUGGUCCGGGCGAAGGUGUUACGUUAAGAGAUUGUCUGCAUACAUUUUGCAGGCUGUGCGUUGCGAACACGGUGCGCUAUUGUGAGGAGGCCGAGGUGAAAUGUCCGUAUCGGGACGUCGACUACACCUGCGAAUCGACGCUUCAGGAGCGCGAAAUCAAGGCCCUCGUCGCGCCGGAGGUUUACCAACAGCAUCUCGCCAAGUCCAUAGCCCAGGCGGAAAACAAUGCUGGAAACAACGCGUUUCACUGCAAGACACCGGACUGUGCAGGAUGGUGCAUUUACGACGACAACGUCAACAACUUCCUCUGCCCCGUAUGCAAGAUUAAUAACUGCCUUACCUGCCAGGCUGUGCAUAUGGGCAAGAAUUGCCGUCAAUACCAGGAGGAGCUAAAAUAUUCGAAGGAAACUGAUCACGAAUCUAAAAGGACAGCGGCGAUGCUCGAAGAAAUGGUCAAGAGAGGCGAAGCCCUUUCGUGUCCCACGUGCGCGGUCGUUUUGAUGAAAAAAUGGGGCUGCGAUUGGCUUCGUUGUUCCAUGUGUAAAACUGAAAUCUGCUGGGUGACGAGAGGUCCUCGUUGGGGACCCGGGGGUAAAGGGGAUACUUCGGGUGGCUGUCGCUGCGGAGAAAAUGGCAUAAAAUGUCACCCUCGAUGUAACUAUUGUCACUGAAGACGUUAACAUUGUGUAGCGAAAAUUUCUUUCCAUAGGAGA